GUCCCGCCCGGUGUCCCUGUCCCCAGCCCGGGGUUCCCCCCGGUGUGUCGCUGUCCCCCCCCGGUGUGUCGCUGUCCCCCCCGGUGUCGCGGUCCCCCCGGGGGGGCGGAGCGGCUCCGCAGCCGCUCGGGGCACGCCCGGUGCCGGUGUCCGGUGUCCGGUUACCGGCUGCCGCAGGAGCCGCCGUCCCCCGGAGCCGCCGCCCCCGCAGGUGCCACCAGCGUGUCCCCAGCAUGGCGGAGGCUCACCAGGCCGUGGCUUUCCAGUUCACCGUCACCCCCGAGGGCUUGGACUUCCAGCUGAGCCGCGAGGCCGUGCGCCAGCUCUACCUGGCCGCCGUCCACUCGUGGAAAAAACGCUUGGUCCGCGCCAAGAACAGUUUCCUGAGUGGGGUGUACCCCGCGUCACCCUCCAGCUGGAUGGUGGUGGUGGUGGCCACCGCCGGCUCCUGCUAUUGCCACGUGGAUCCGUCCCUGGGGCUGAUCGGGCGCAUCCAGAGCUGGCUGCCCCACGGCGAGUCUCUGAGCCCCGAGGCUCGCACCGCGGUCAGCACCGUGUCCCCGGGUGUCCCCGCCGAGUCUCUGAGCCCCGAGGCUCGCACCGCGGUCAGCACCGUGUCCCCGGGUGUCCCCGAGUGUCCCCGGGUGUCCCUGCGUGUCCCCACCGCUCACUCCGUGUCCCCCGUGUCCCCAGCGAGUCUCUGA